GUAGGCCUUGUAGGCUACUGGGCACAACCAUCGCUAGUGAUAUGGCCUGAGAGACCGACAAGAAGGCAAGCAAGAUGAGUUUUGGAGCCUGGAAACUUGGGACAUGGCCAAAGUGUAGGGAUGUGAUCUGAGGAACCAGUCAAGGGUAGAACCUUAGUACAAUAAGGGGUUGGGACCUAAGUAUCCGAACAGUAGCUGUGGGAGGUCAUGGGGAAGAAAGCGUAAAUGAUGAGACCCUAGGGACUAGGGCUUGAGCGGAUCUUGGAGAACAGGGAGAGGCGGGGGCCGUCGAACUAGUAAGACCAAGUACAGCCAGCCUUGUGGGAUCCCCACAGCCCUGGAAGACUGACUGGCUGAAGGUUUUCUGAUCACAGUCCGCGACCUCUGUCAGAAAUGGGCAACGUGCAGUCGGAGCCGUCCGCAGGCGGGGGCUCCCGAAAAGAGCAGGCCUGUGACCGCGCCUCUGACUCCCGACGGACGCCCCUAGUGGAGCCCGAGGUGACCCUUUCCUCUCCAGCCAUGCGCUUGGCUCGCGGGCUGGGCGUCUGGUUCCCUGGCAGCUCCGCGCCCCCGGGACUCCUGGUACCCCGGGAGCCCCAGGCCUCACCCUCGCCCCUGCCCCUGACCUUAGAACUGCCCUCGCCAGUGACGCCUCCUCCAGAGGAGGGGGCUGCCGCUGCGGUCUCGCCACCACCCCCUCCCCCCGUGGGGACCCUGUUGCCCGCGCCGUCUAAGUGGAGAAAACCUGCGGGCACUCCACUGCCCCGGAUCCGCAGCCUGCUAGAGGCGAGCCAUCGCGGCCAGGGCGACCCUCCGAGCCUCCACCCGCUGCCGCCACCGCCCCGCCAGCUAACCGAAAAGGACCCUAUCCCGAGGGUCCCACCCUCGUCUCCACCGCCCUUGGAGCAGCGGAAGCCGCCACCUUCAAACUGGCAGCCCUCGGACCGCAGCAUCACUCCUGCUCUAGCCACACCCGCCGCAACCCCCCCAGAAAACCACGUUGGGCACAGCAGCGAGGGCCAGGCCGCUGGCGGGGUUCGAGGAGGGACGUCUCCCCAGUCAGGCGAAGGCGAAAUGCCCCGGCCUGCGGCUUCCGAGUCCGGCCUGAGCCUACUAUGUAAAGUCACCUUCAAGUCGGGACCUCCCCUUCCCUCUGCGGCAGCCUCAGGUUCCUUAGAGGCCAAAGCCUCGCUCGGGGGCGGCGGAGGCGGAGGACUCUUCGCUGCCUCCGGUGCCAUCUCUUACGCUGAAGUCCUGAAGCAAGGGCCCCUGGCUACUGGAGCCGCUCGUCCCUUGGGAGAGGUCCCUCGGGUGGUACAGGAAACCGAGGGCGGUGAUGGAGACGGCGAAGGGUGUUCUAGUGCCCCUUCAGCGCCUCUGUCCCACGCCCGAGCCCUAGCGCCGCCACCCUACACCACCUUCCCAGGUUCAAAGCCUAAGUUCGACUGGGUGAGCCCUACCGACGGCCCUGAACGCCACUUUCGCUUCAAUGGGGCUGGCGGAGGCGUUGGGGCGCCCCGACGGCGCGCAGCAGCGCUCUCAGGGCCCUGGGGAUCCCCUCCAUCACCACCAGGGCAGAUGCACUCCGCUCCCGGGCUUCGGAGGCCCGCACCUGCCCUGCUGGCUCCACCUAUGUUCAUCUUCCCCGCGCCCACCAACGGCGAGCCAGUGCGCCCCGGGCCUCCGGGCCUGCAGGAUUUCCCACCACCGCCGCCACCGCCGCCCACUCCACCACCCACACCCCCGCCCGCGCCGCCGCCCACACCGCAACCGCCCCCACUCCAGCUAGCGCCGCUGCCGGUGGCGCUCCCGCCCACCCCAGGCCUUGGCCACACGGAGCUAGCCUCGGUUCCUGCCCCCGCCCCCGCUCUGCCCCCCGCCUUGGCCGCGGACCAGGCCCCAGCCCCGGUUCCAAUUCCCUCUGCUGCUGAGCCAUCGCUGCCCGCGCCUAUCAAGACCCGCGCACGUAGAAACAAGGGUACUCGCGCGGCCCGGGGCGCAACCCGCGAAGAUGGCGUGCCGGGAGAUGGUCCCCGCGAAGAAACUACAGCUACCACGACUGAUAGCGGCAGUAGAGGGAGUGGUAUCAACGUGGCACCCCUGGCCGGGGCAGCUAACACCGGCGCUGCGCGCCACUGGCCGCCCUUCCAGGUGCUUAACUCUUGUCCCUGCAAAUGUUACUGCCGCCACCAGCCAGGCCAUCGCCGCCUGCCACGCAACGUUUCUGCCUGGCUGAGCACACCUACCAACCACCUGAGUGAGCCACCCUGGGUCGCCACCAUCAAGCUAGCUGGCUCCCUGGUAGCUGGGCUGGAGCACUACGACUUGCAGGCCACUCCUUCCAACUGAGUUGUCUGCACAACACCCUCCACUUUACCCUUCAUGCCAAUAAAACCAACCCAGAUGCCUAGCAGCCUGUCAGUCAUCUGCUGAGGGUUGGGUGGUGCAAGGCAGAGGUCUUCAGGAGAAAACCGCAAGCUGGGAGAAGUAGGAGGAUGAACCCAGAACAGCAACAAGUGAGGUUCCAUUCACUGGCAUCUAGACUGACAGUCCCAACGGUGGGGUGAUCUCAUUCUCAAUACUAUAAGCUCCAUUCUAAGUUGACCGCAUGCUCUCAAAAGGUUCAGCACAAGCCACUUUGGAAAGAUAUAAUCUUUCUCAUUUUACAGUUGGGAAAACUGACUCCGGAACUUUUUUGAA